AUGGACAGUCAACAGCAAGCUUCGUUUCAGCACUCCACGCAGCUCGACGACCAGCAGCCGUCGCAGUCACAGCAGCAGCAUCACUCGCAGCAAUAUUCUCAACACGACCUGCCGCCGCCUCCACCCCCGACCCAUCAGCAAUAUCAGCAGGCCCAGUCCUAUCCUUAUCAGCAGCGUCGCUCGUCGCAAGUCUACCAACAGCAGCACUAUCAGCAGGCAUCGAUAUCGUCAUCCAGCGCACCAUCUGCCUCGUCGCAACCAUCCCAUCAACAACAACCGGAGCUUCAACGCCCGCCCCCAUCAGCUCAUUCACAGUCAAAAUCGCGAAAAUUUAGCUUUCAUUCCGACAAGGAUAAGGAUAAGAGUCACAAGCGAGGAAACAGUAAGACUGAAAACAACGAGACUCACACUGAGAAGGAGGCAAGGCGGUUGCACAGCAAAGCCGAUCCAACUCUAGCCAUGAGCGAAGCCGAGCCCUCCAUGGAGGCUGCCCAGACACACUCGUCACUCGCGCCGUUGCGAUCUAUGCAGCAUAAGGACGCAUAUGGCAACAUGAUAGGUACUUUGACCUCCACUCGCUUCAAGGACACUACUAAUGCCGUCGUAGAGGAGCCCGAUCACUCGAACCCAACCAGGCAUCGCUGGGAAAGGCCCCUCGAAACCAUCCGCAGCUUCAACGAUGCCGUUGAAGGCGGCUACAAGCGCAGGUCCAUGAUGCGAACGGACACGGAACUCUCCAGCAAUUGGAGUCGCAGAAACAGCCAUCACCCGGGAGCCGCGCAGCCGCGAAGCCGCCCUGAUAGUUUCUACGGCAGCCGCCCUGUAUCAUUCCGGCCAGAGAGCACACAAUUCAGCCUGCACCAAGCGCCAGCACAGCGUGCUGGCAGCAUGUAUGGCAUGGACAGGUUCCAGCAGGAGGGUCACCAUAGCUACGGAGGCCACCCCGGCCGCCAGCGUGCCCCGCGGAUGCAUAGUGAGCCUCAGUACGCGCACCAUGGCGGGCCUGGACGUGUACCAAGCGGUUACCACCUGUCUCAUCAAGACCGAUCGUACGAGACCGUCACCUCGGCGGCCGAGGGCAGCAGGCAUUCGGACCAAGUUGGCUAUCAGACCGACCCGACUAGUAGCGACAACAGCUCGAUCGAACGCCGGUCCCCUGCCCGGCGCCCAGAGCCUUAUAACGACUACGGGAUCGGUUUCAACCAACCUCAGCAGCCACAAUACAACCUGGCCCUGAACCAAAACCAUGGAAACCCGCAGCAGCCGCCGCGACCCCCACCUCACGGCGUACAGAGCCAGCCUGCCGUACCGCGUAAGAGCGUGCCGACGGUUCUGCAGCGUCAGCCCACCCAGCAAUCGACAAAGACCGCGGGCGGCGACAAGCGCAAGAGUUGGUUCACGCGGAAGUUUAGCAGCAAAAAGGAGUGA